AUGGUGAACAAGAGUAUUGCUAAUAAUAAUGGGGGCAAUACAGGUAAGAAUGGGGGCAGUGGUUACAAAGGAGUGAGAAUGAGGAAAUGGGGAAAAUGGGUAUCUGAGAUUAGAGUCUCUAAGAGCAGAGAAAGGAUUUGGUUGGGUUCAUAUGAGACUGCUGAGAAAGCCGCCAAAGCUUAUGAUGCUGCUGUUUUCUGCAUGAGAGGAGGUGGUGUUGGAAAACUUUAUAACUUGAACUUUCCUCAAAAUCGACCAGCAUUAGAGACGUUGUUAUCAUCAUAUGCGUCUUCAUCGUCGUUAUCAUCAACAACAGUAUCGUGUAAUCGUUUUCCAAGUUAUUUGACACGGUCACAAAUACAACUUGUGGCUUCAAAGUAUGCAAAUAUUACUAGUGAUGUUGCAACAAUGGCACCGGCGGUACCAAUUAAUUCACCUGUCAUGUCUUCUGCAUUGCAUGCAGCGGAUGCUUUGGCGUUUCCAACUAACUCACUUGAUUUGUCUUCUGCAUUGCCAACUAAUUCACUUGAUAUGUCUUCUGCAUUGCCCGUAGCGAAUGCAAAUUCGAUGCUUUUAUGUCAAGGAGAAAAGGUUUUAGCACCAUCACCUAUGGAAAUGUCUGUGGUUGAAAAUUGGCAUGCAAAUAGCAGCAAUUGUAAUGAUGGUUUGGGUUUUGAUCAAUUUUAUGGUGGAGAUUGUCAUGCAGCCAUGGAGAAACAUAUAUCACCGGUGGUGGCGGCAGUUGAGGGCCAAGGAGGAAACGGAUUUCUAGAAGAUGCUAUUGCUCCUCAUGGUACUAGUGGUGGCGGCGAAAGUAGCCGUUGCGACGUGUUAUACCAGUCGUCGGCCCCGGAUGACCCAUAUUAUUGUUGGACAUACCGAUGA